AUGUACCGAUGUACAUCACUGCGUGUACAACACAUGUAUCGUGAUGUACAUGCACGAUACAUCACGAUACAUGUACAUCACGAUCGGAGUGGUGACGAGAUGGAAGUAUGUGUGACUUCCGCUGCAGCGUUUCGUAGCUCUCAGACCGUGUGA